GAAAUGAAUUGGUUCCAUAUAGAAGUUGAUGCAAUUGAUGUGAUUGUUUUAAUUGUGGUACUUUUUUCCACGAUAUAUUAUUUCUGUAAAUUUUGGAUCAGAAGAAGCAGUAAGACAUUAACAGAAGUUAAAAUACCUUCCUAUAGCUCUCCGAACAACCAAUUGAAUCAACAUGUCCCAUUUAUUUCACGCAUGAAAUCAGAAGGACGGAAGGUAUUGAUUAUUUAUGGCUCUCAAACAGGAACAGCAGAAGAAUUAGCUGGUCGACUUGCCAAAGAUGUUCAGAAUUACGGCCAAAAGGCUUUUGUGCUGGAUCCAGAAGAAAUGGAUAAUGAGGAUUUUGAAAGAAUCAUAGAAAUUCCUGACAUGCUUCUAAUUAUGUGUAUGGCAACCUAUGGUGAAGGUGAUCCCACUGAUAAUGCAGUAGAGUUUUAUCAGCAUGUUUGCAGUAUCGAAAUCAACUUGAAGGGCAUUAAGUUCGCAGUUUUUGGAUUGGGUAAUAGGACAUAUGAACACUUCAAUCAAAUUGGAAAAUAUUUCGAUCAAAAAUUGGAGCAACUUGGAGCUACCCGAAUUUAUGAGCUUGGACUUGGAGAUGAUGAUGGAAACCUAGAAGAGGAUUUUAUGAGGUGGCGAGAAGGUUUUUGGCCUGCAGUAGCGAAUAUUUAUGGUUGGGAAUUAUCUGAGACAAGUUCACUGCGCCAAUAUCGCUUCGAAGUUGUAACUGACUUCUCUAUCAACUUAUAUACUGGGGAGUAUAACCGUCUGGAUUCGUUUAAGAAACAAAGACCACCCUUUGAUCACAGGAAUCCUUUUCUGUCAACAAUCAAAGGUAAUUUUGAACUGCAUGGUGAAAAAAGUGACAGAAGUUGUCGUCACAUCGAAUUCAUCAUUAAUGAUGCGACAUUAAGAUAUGAAGCAGGCGAUCACUUAGGCAUAUUCCCAACAAAUGAUCCCGCAUUAGUGAAAGAAUUAGGACGACUGCUUGAUACUAAUCUGGAUAUCCGUUUCAGUUUGAUUAAUCUUGAUGAAGAGAGCUCGAAAAAAAGUCCAUUCCCAUGCCCUUGCACUGUUAAUACCGCACUCACUCAUUAUGUUGAUAUCUGCGCACCGAUCAAAUCGCAUGUUCUAAAAGCCUUGGCUUCUUAUACAAGCGAUCAAAAUGAAAGAGAACAUCUUUUAUUACUAAGUACGGCAAGUAAAGAAGGUUUGCUAGAAUAUGGAAAUUACAUUCAGAAAGAAAGGCGGUCAGUUAUUGACAUCCUUCGUGAAUUCUCAACUUGCAAACCUCCAGCUGAUUAUCUUCUGGAACUUUUGCCACGUCUUCAGCCUCGUUACUACAGCAUAUCAUCAUCUCCAAAACAUACUCGUAAUUCAGUGACUAUCAUGGCUCUAAUCACAAAAUAUACGGUUGGUAAUCGACUAAUUAAAGGAGUUUGCACUAAUUAUUUACUCCAAAAAGAUGAAGGUUCGCAGGUGCCGAUAUUUGUUAGGAAAUCAACAAUGCGCUUACCACAUCGAUUACAAACACCCGUUAUCAUGAUUGGUCCUGGAACAGGUUUUGCACCAUUUCGAAGUUUUCUCCAGGAACGAAGUUGGCAAAAGGACCAUGGCCAUGAAAUAGGGCAAAUGACUUUGUAUUUUGGAUGUCGUCAUCCAGAACAUGACUACAUAUAUGAAGAAGAGUUAAAGGCUUUCGUUAAAAAUGGUGUACUUUCUCAGCUGCAUAUUGCAUUCUCCAGAGUCACAUCAGAAAAGAUUUAUGUGCAACACAAAAUCUGGAUAAACCGAGAAGCAGUAUGGGAGGCUAUUGAGAAUGGUGCACAUAUUUACGUGUGUGGUGAUGCACGAAAUAUGGCUCGCGAUGUGCUGAAUACAUUGAUACAAAUAUAUAUGAAAGUAGGAGGGAAAUCAGAAUCGGAAGCACACGUUUUUCAAAAAUCUCUGGAACGCAAACGACGCUAUCAAGCAGAUGUCUGGUCUUGA